AUGGAUGAAGGCACCGGUCCUUCAACCAUCACUCCCGAAACCGCCCCUCGAUGGUCUCUCAGCCGCCGUCUUCGUUCCCUCCGCCGAGCCUUCACCACUCGCGAAGGCCUCCUCGGCGAUUACGACUAUGGCUUCCUAUUCCGACCCAAUCUCCCUUUUCUUCCAAAGCGCGCAGGCUCGAGAAAAAGCCCCUUCUUUGGCCUCAAUGAUCGCAUGCCUGUGUUUCUAGGACUGUUAUUGGGACUGCAGCAUGCGUUGGCCAUGUUGGCUGGCAUCAUAACGCCGCCGUUGAUUCUCUCGGGAGCAGGCGGCGUCAAUCUACCCGUCGAACAACAGCAGUAUCUCGUUUCGACAGCAUUGAUCGUAUCAGGCAUUUUGUCGAGUAUACAAAUCACCAGAUUCCACAUCUAUAAGACUCCCUACUACCUCGGAACGGGCCUCAUCUCCGUCGUUGGCAUCAGCUUCAGCAUCAUCCCCGUUGCCCAAGGCGCCAUAUCGCAAAUGUACGCCAACGGCUUCUGUCCUUCCGACGCGGCCGGCAACCCUCUGAGCUGUCCCCGAGGAUAUGGCGCUCUUCUAGGCACCUGUGCGGUCUGCGCCUUGCUCGAAAUCCUCCUGUCCUUCAUCCCGCCGCGAAUCCUGCUCCGCAUGUUCCCUCCCAUCGUUACGGGCCCGACCGUCAUGCUCAUUGGCAUCAACCUCAUCGAGAGUGGUUUCCAGGAUUGGAUGGGCGGCAGCGGCUGCACCACACAGGCUCUGUGUCCUAGCCCCGGAGCACCGCAUGCCCUGCCCUGGGGUUCAGCCGAAUUUCUUGGCCUGGGCUUCAGCGUCUUCGCAACAAUCAUCCUGUGUGAGCGCUUCGGCUCUCCCAUCAUGAAGUCCACCUCCGUCAUCAUCGGUCUGUUGGUGGGAUGCAUCAUCGCCGCGGCCUGCGGCUACUUUGAUCGAUCUGGCAUCGAUUCUGCUCCAGUCGCCUCCUUCAUCUGGGUACACACGUUCCCCUUAUCCGUCUACGGCCCGCUGGUGCUCCCAGUGCUGGCCGUCUUCAUCGUCUGCCUGACUGAGUCCAUUGGAGACAUCACCGCCACCUGCGACGUCUCCCACCUUGAAGUCGAUGGCAUGAUAUUCGAGUCUCGCGUCCAGGGAGGAGUCCUGGCCGACGGCCUCAACGGCUGUCUCGCAGCCCUCAUGACCAUAACGCCAAUGAGCACCUUUGCGCAGAACAACGGCGUCAUCGCCCUCACCCGCUGCGCCAACCGCAGAGCUGGCUAUGCCUGCUGCUUCUUCCUGCUUGUCAUGGGCAUCUUUGCAAAGUUUGCUGCUGCCCUCGUCGCCAUCCCAUCAUCCGUCCUGGGCGGCAUGACCACGUUCCUCUUCUGCUCGGUGGCCGUUUCUGGCAUCGCAAUCAUAUCGCGUGGCGUGCCCUUCACCCGCCGGAACCGCUUCAUCCUCACUGCCGGCUUGGCCCUCGGCUACGGUGCAACUCUGGUGCCGACGUAUUUCAACCACGUUUUUACUUAUUCGGGCGGAAACAAGUCGCUCCAGGGCUUCCUCGAUGCCAUUGUCCUCGUCAUGGAGACUGGCUUUGCCGUCACGGCUGCCGCAUGCAUGAUUCUGAACCUGCUUCUCGAGGAAGAGAUGGAGGAUGCUAUUGAUGCAGACGAUGACGGCGACGAUGUUGAUGUCCGUGUUGUUCAUAGCAAUGGCCCUUUCUCUACCAAGAAGUAUGAGCGAAACAAUGACAGUGAUGAGAUACGAGAUACGGGAGAGGGAGAGGGAGGCUCAAGUAGUACGAGAGGAGAGAAACAGGCCUAA